UACAUCACACAUAGCUAUUUGGAAGGGAAAAAACGACACUAUUGUUAUUAUUAUUAAUAUUAUUAUCAUUAAGGAAUGCCUCUGGUGUCAAAUGAACGCAUUAAGGUAUUGAGAUGUCGUUUUGGGUCUACUGUAACUCCUGCUUUCUCUCCGCCGCUGCUGACCGUCAGCUGGCCGUCACCACCUGUGGUCAUGUCAUCUGCAGUGUCUGCUACCAGAAAGGCAAACAAAAAAACUGUUUAAUAUGCAGCAGCCAGUGCCAAAUAUCCCCACUUUCUGACAAAAGCAGCUCUGAAGUGAAGACUUUGUUCUCAGACAUCAACGUCGUGACGACUAAGCACUUGACGGAAAUCAGCAAAGUGAUAUCGUUCCAGUCAAGACACCAGAGAAAGCUGCUGACUCACUACAAGAAAAGAAAUGAAAAACUGGAAGAAACAUUCGUGAAAAUGAAGCAAGAAAUGCAGAACAUGGCAAAGAAGCUGAAUGAACAGAGUGUCUACAUUGCUAAGAUGGAAAAGUCCCUUCAGCAUCAAAGCGCCAUGGCGCCGCCUGUGUCACAGAUGAGCCGCGCCUCCUACUCUGCACACGUGCAAAAACCGGGCGCCGUCUCCAGCAGACCGUCCAGCCAAAACAUGCCGGGCUUCCACAGCAGCCAAUCCCCCUCAGUCAGUCGCUUUCAGGGAGCCCCUUUAACCCCAGAGCUGUCAGCAUUCAACCACAGGUCUGCAUGGACGUCUCCCAUCUUCAAGCCUUCAUCCUCCUUCAGAGGCUCCAUGUCGUCUCUAGUCUGUCCAUCUCCCUGACAAACACUCAGUAACUGUCAGGAGGUUUGCAGAUGUUCAUGAUUUUCCCCCCAUUCUCCGUCUGUGUGUUGGUCCUAAUCUCCCUUUAACGUGUUCAGCUAGACCCCUGAAAUGUAUGGUCAUAGCACUGUCUAUGAAUGUAUUAUACCAGUCCGCAUAUAUUCUGAGAAGAAUUAUUUCUAAUUAAAUGAUUAUUUG